UCUGAUCUACCUCACACAAGAAAGAAAAAUGGGACCAAUGGUCUUGACCCAAUUGGCAACAGGUCUUAGCGUGCUAGCCGGAGCAGUUCUUGUCAAAUCGGUUAUGGACCAAAAACCCAUGGCUGGUCCAUUCUCACGGUGCCCGACUUGCAACGGAACGGGUCGAGUCAAUUGUCUAUGCUCCCGUUGGUCAGAUGGGGAUGUGGGUUGUCGGACUUGUGCUGGGUCGGGUCGUAUGGCUUGUAGCAGUUGCGGUGGGUCUGGUACUGGUCGGCCUCUUCCUGUUCGAAUAUCUGCCCGACCGCCGUCAAAUGGAUCCUUUUGACCUGGUCUAUGAUUAAAAGAGUUUUAAGUUUACUUCCAUCUCUCUCUCCUUCUCUUUUAAUAUAUUUUUUUGCAAUUUUCAGUAAUUGGAAAUUACAAAAUUUAAAAGUGUAUCUAUAGAAAUUGAAAAGAAAUACUAGAAAAGAAAGAGAGUUGGGAGAUUAAUUAGUAGAUUGUAACUACUUGUAUUGGCUACUAAAAUUAUCAAUUUUAUAAUUUUCAGCUUAUUGUUUCUUGGUUUA